UGCUCGCUGUCACUCUCUCACUGUCACUUGUCAGUAUGUUGUGCAGAUUGUGGGUAAACGAUAAACAAAUAUAAAAUAAUAAUCUAAAAACCAGUGAAUAGUACGACAAUUUAUGGGUAUAAAAUAAAAAAAGACAAGACUCUCAAAACUUUUUUAACUUUUUUAUUCCAACAUUUCAUCGUUAAUCAAUCGAAAUGAGCUUUAUAGACCUAGCUACGCUGACGACGCACCGUAGAAAUGAGUUGGAAUGCAGAAUCAAACAAUUUUCAGAGAAAUGUGACCACGCUAUUAAUGAAAUCGAAAAAUUAAAAGCGAAGAGUCAAGGUUUUGUAUUACAACUCAACUGUGACCCGAAUGAGUUGAAGGAGCGCUUUUUGAGCAGUAUGAAGAUAUUAGACGAAUAUACAUAUGUCAUUACUGACUUCAAUCUAGCUGUCGGAAAAUUGGAAGAGACAGGCAGCAUGGAUUACACCCCAGUACAUGACAGAACAUUGGCAAUUCUGCCUGCCCCGCCAGUACCCCCUUUCAACUUGUUGGAUGCACUAAGUGAACCAACUCCAUCCACAUCUAAUGCUCCUACCAAACUAUAUCCUCCUGAGAAGCCAAAGAGAAUGAAGACUCCAAAAGAAGAUCAACUGAUAGUGUUUUCGAGUGCAUCAUGCUCUUCAGAGAGUGUGCCGCAGGUCAAACAAGAAGUGGCCACUAAGGAGAUCCAGUGUGAAAUUACUGAUGAAAUGAAAAACAUGUCGCUCAAUGCUUCGACAUCGACAGUAGAGAGGAUCAACCUGCCCGCGCAGAGCAUUUUAGAAGUUGAUCAAACAAUCAACGGCACCAUUAUGUACGUCGACGGAGCGUACUUCUGGGUCAUCACUGAAGAUGUUGACAAAGUUUACAGUAUUAAUAAUUUUUGCAGACUGAUGACAGAAAUGACGGAGUAUUACAGUGAAAAUCAAAUUAAUUUGAGUGCGGAGGAGGUAAAGUCUCUCCCGUACGUCGCUUUUUAUGAUGACGAAUGUUAUUACAGAGGACUGUUUCUUGGAAUAACUGAGGAUAAGGAGCCGACGGUGGAGGUGUUCGUGGUGGACACUGGUGAGAGGCGCCGCGUGUCGUUGUCGCACGUACACCCGCUGGAGCCGCGUUUCUGCACAUCGCCACCUUUUGCACGCUGCUGCCAUCUAGCGGGGAUAGACUUGCAGAGUUAUCAAAAUGAAAAUAUUGUGGAUGCAUUCGAAGAUUUCACUAAGAACUAUAUUGGUACGAUAUGCGUGAUUCAUGUUGACGAUAACACAUCGGAAUCACUCGGCGUGUACGUUAUUCUGCCAGAUAAGAAGACGCUUAAUGAAAUCAUCAUUACCGAAGGCCUGGGAUACGCAAUUGACAAAGAGGAAGUGACUCCCGAGGUCAAUAAAGAACCAGACUCAGCUAAUGUGAACUUGGACCCAGAGUUGGAUAUAUCGCAAUGUCCGGAAUAUGACGAUCCCGUUGAAGCUGUGACGGGUUACCACAACCGUGACGAAGCGGAUAUAUGUAAACAUUACAAAGGCGGGCCGGCCAAGACUUGCUACAAAGGCACCAAAUGCACUAAAAGACACGUCGUUAAACACCCAGACGGCUGGACGCUGGACAGAGUGGAGGUGGUGGCCAAGUGCAAGUCGUUGCCGCUGCCGGAGCCGGGCACGUGGCACAAGCUGCUCGUCACGUACGUGUGCCACUUCGACAGGCUGUACGUGCAGUUUGUGCACGAUGACGAGAAAGAAGAGGACAUUCCCGAGUUCGGCGUGAUUCUACCCCCAACGACCCUGACGAGUCUCAUAAAAGACAUGAAUAGUCCUGCCACGAGAAUGAAUUACAAACCAUUGACGAUAAGUCCAGCGCCAGGUGAGCUGGUAGCCGCGCUGUACCCCAUGGACGGUAACUGGUACCGCGCUCGCGUCCUGUCCGUCACUCGCGCAGAUCAAAACGUUGAGGUGCAGUACAUAGACUACGGCACGAUACUGUGGGUGAAGGAGGACCAGAUAAAGGUGCUGGAGGCGCGGUACCAGUGGCUGCCGAUGCAGGCACUGCGCUGUGUGCUGGCGGGCGUGCGCGCGCGCGGCCGCGACUCGCAGCUGUGGGGCGCCGCGCGCCGCGCGCUCACCGACCGCGCCUUCAACCGCGCGCUCGACGCGCACGUCGUUGCACGUGACUAUGACGAAAUAACCGUGGAGUUGUUCGACGAGGAAGGGUACAGCAUAGCCGAGCAACUGGCGGCGCAAAAACUGAUCGACCUAGUAGAGUAUGAAGUGAUCCCUGACAAAAAUGUGCAACAAAAAAUGGUGGUACCCUAAAAUUUUAGUUCCUAAUUUCGUUAUGACUUACGAGGAGUAUGAUCUACAAUAAACAUUGUAUAGACUAUAGCACUAUUUACGAAACGUGUGUAUGUAUAUAAUCAAAAAAUCUAUCAACUUGAGCAAAAUAAUCACUCCAUAUCAUACAUACACAAACGAAUCGUUUUGCCAAUAAUAAUACCUGCUAUAAUUAUUACUAUAAUAUUCCUAACAGACUAGUCAUCCGAAAAUAAUAAUUUUAAUUUCUCUCCAAAAGUAUGUGUUAUGGUAGCAGUUUUAAAAAGUUAUUUUUAAAUUUAUAUCGAUAACCUCAUCGUUUGUAUUGCUCAGUAGGUUGAUUCCCUAUGCUACUCGCGAAAACACACCGUAAACGCGUGUUGUCAAAACAAGCUCUAAACACAAACGCGUUUCAUACACGCGCCACGAUGUGUAAUU